CAGGAAAGGACACAGAGUCACAGGGAAUGGGUGUGGAAGCCUUUCUGAGUGUGUUCCACCUCCUUUACUCAUCACAUGGAAGCUGUGGAGCAGACAUGCAGACUGCAGCAACGACUCACGAACUCCUGGAAGAUAUAACACAAAAACAGCAAAACGUCGUCUUUAUUUCCACAGAUGCAGUGAAUGGGAACAACAGGAAGGAGACUUCAUCGGGACACAUCGGGAUCAAGAAGAAUGGAGGGUUCCCUCCUGGCCCGGUGUGACGGCCUGGACGGCGGGUCAGAGUGUGACGGGGAGGAGAGGACCCCGGGCAGCCGCUUGACCUUUGACCCCGAGGGCUCCGCCCCCAAAGCCAACCGGGAGCCUUCGCCCGCGGAGCUGGCUCAGUGCGAGGCCGAGGUGGGGACGCUGCUCGGCAUCAUCGCCGAGCUGAACAAGAAGAUGGGGUCAUUGAAGGCACCGAGUGAACCAGGAGACCUGAGACCACGAGGAUCAUCCAGACCUCCGGUUCCAGACCUGCUCUCCCAUAGGCUGGCCCGGAGCAGCCCAGAGAGAAGCCCCGCCCCUUCUGCCACGCCCAGACCGUCACUGACGGACCGAGGGGGCGGUGGUGUCGUGUGGUCUAAGCUCCAGGCGGUGCUGUCCUCGGUGGAGGACUCCAUCAGCUGUAAGCGGUCCUGGGCGGCCCCCAUCACGGCGGCAGACCAGCACACGCACCGGGAGCACGUGUGGGCCGCUCAGGAGAGCUGGGGGAGGGCCACGCAGAUAUUGGAGGAGAUGGAAAUCGAGUUUGGGAUCUCCUGCCCGCCAGAACUGCCGAGGGACCAGGACCAGGAGGACCAGGACCAGAAGGACCAGGACCAGGAGGACCAGGAGGACCAGGACCAGAAGGACCAGGAGGACCUCCUGGAUCUCAGAGGCCCCUUGCAGAGCCACCAGGAGGAUCUGGAGAGAGCACAACGCACCUUCAGCCAGAUGGAGGAGGAGAAGAACAAGCUGUUGGGCCUCCACAGGUCCUGGAGGUCAGGAGGUCGCUCUCCUUCCUACCGGGCCGGUCCGGACUGGACCCCUCCUCCAGCUGCUUCACCUUCCCCCUCCAGACGGAUCCCUGUGGGGGGCGGUGGUUCUGCCACCUCCUGCAGUCCGUGUCCGAGUCCCAUCGGCCCGGAGACCGAGUCCGAGCGGCUGACCCGCUGCAUCGAGAGGCUGAGGGCCAGGAACGAGCGGCUGACGGUGGCUCUGGAGCGGCGGAGAGGAGAGGAGGAGCAGAUCCUCCGGCUGGAGGCGACCUGCUCGGCGCUGCAGGCGGCGCUCAGGAACAGGGAGGAGUGCGAGGAGGCGCACGGCGAGCUGCUGUCGCUCUACGACGCCGAGAGGCAGCAGAGCGUUCCUCUGCAGGUGCACGCAGCAGAGGCAGCCGGUGAGGAGCUGACCACCUCCUUCUCCACAGCAGGAGUCACAGAGGAGACGCAGAGCCACGCGGGGCAGAGGACGCCCGAGCCGGCGGGGCGGGCGGCGCUCCUCCGGCAGCUGAUCGAGCGCCUGAAGAGCGACCGGGCCGCCGGAGGAGUCCAGGGGAAGACGAGCCCCGAACCGGCUGGAUCCAGAGCUGGUCAUGUGACUAAAGAGAACGCCAAACCCCCCGAGCCCAGGAACGACAAGGCGUCGCUCUUCUAUGAACUCGUCUCUGUCCGGGAGGAGAUGUCGGAUCUGCGAUCUCUCAUCCGCCUGAAGGAGAAGGAGCUGCGCUGUCUGGAGUGGGGUCUGAUGGCCCAGAGGGCCCACGAAGGCCUGGGGGAGGAGCUGGAGGACCGGGAGGCGGAGCAACAGACGCUCUGUGAACACGAGCAUGGCGCCGAGCGGGGCGCCGAGCGGGGCGCCGAGAGGGGCGCCGAGCGGGGCGCUGAGCGGGGCGACCGGGGCGCCGAGCGGGGUGUCCCUGAUCCUUGGACCCGGCCGGUUCUGAAAGAGCUGCAGGCCGUGCUGCAGAGGGAACAGGCCCUGAAGAAGAGGCUGGCGCUGGUUCAGGACUCACUCCGCACGGCGCUGUCGGACGGCACGGCGCCCAGGAGGGACAACGGAGAGCAGAUAGCCCGACUUACACAAGCUCACAGUAAAGCCUUGAGUUCGUACCGGCAGAUUCGCCGAAAGUACCGCGAGCAGGGGUGGAGGCUGGAGCAGAAGGUGGCGGCCGUGAUGGAGACCCGCCCCCUGCAGGGCGGAGCCCCGAAGGCUGCAGCCGAGGCCUCGGACUGGAAGAGGGAGGAGACGGUUCUGUGACCCUCAGGUCGUGCAGUCAGGAAAAUCAGCAUGUCAAAAAGUAUCGUUAAUAAAUAUAUAUAAAUAUAUAUAUAUACAUAUGUAUAUAUAUAUUUAAAUAUAUAUACAUUUAAAUGUAUAUUUAUAUAUGUAUAUAUAUCUAUAAAUAUACAUUUUAU